AAUGAAGAACUGCAUAAGUGUGCUGAGAACACUUCACACACCAACCUCUCCGACUUCACACUCAAUUACGGCUGUUAAGCAAGGCAAAGCAUGUACGUGGCUGUAUCAGAUUGGGCCGUGAUCGGGAGUCCUAUAGGGCGGCGCACAAUUGGUCCAACGUUGUCCGGGUUUGGCCAGGGUCUAUGGGAUGAGUGUGCAAUGGCUACUUCGGUGUGUCCUCUUCCUGGUAUCGCUGCCGUUUCUGCAAAGUAAAGAUGUCACCAUGGUGAUAGGAGAGGUGGGCGGGGCUGUGACUAUCCCCUGUACCUCAGACCUCUGUGAGAACCAUCUGGUCUUCAUGUACGUACAGAGACCUGGUUCCAAUGGAAAUAAUCCCCGGUUCAUUAAUGGCUACCAUACGAGUAAGCGGUUAGACCCUAAGGAGUACGCUAACCGUACACAUGUAGACCCCAGCCAGCGAACAAUGAAGCUGUGGAGUAUAUUGCCGUCAGAUGAGGGGCUGUACGAGUGUCACGUUCAAUACCAAACCAAGAAGAAGCAGGAGAACAUACAGCUCUAUGUGACAGCCAACUACAGCAUCCCCAUUGUAACGGUGACCUGUGACAACGUCAGUUGCUUGGUGACGUGUUCCUCCGACAGUGGUUACCCUCGUAGGGACAUUGAGUGGAGCCCAAAGCCUCCUCUGAACCAGAGCCACUGGAGAGUAGUGAACAGUAGUGAUGUGACAGACCCGGUCUCUAUGCUGUUCUCUGUCUUCAGUUCCAUAUCCGUCAACUGCUCCUCCGGACCCUGGCUGAACCUCAGCUGUGCUGUAGGGGGUGCCCUUUCACAGGAACACACUGUCUGCUGGCCUCAGACAGGCUCUCCUGAUGUUUAUGUGACCUCUGCCGUUGUGGCUGGUGCUGUUGCUCUGCUGUGUUUCCUGCUGGCUGGGCUGUUUGUCUUCAAGGAAAGGAAGGCUCAGACAGCCAGAGUUGAUCAAGAUGGGGAGGAAGCAGCAAGGCCAGCUGAAAGAGUACAGCUCACCUGUAGGAACCUAGAUUCUUAAUGGAACUUGGAGUCUGUAACGUUGUACACUUGGAACCCAGAAUAUGGAAGGUUAUUUUAUUGAUAUGAUAUCUAUGAUAUUUAAAUAUGAAGUGCUGUCUUCUGAUGGGACCAGGGGAAGGUCACUGACAUAUUGACCUACAUAUUGCCUGGACUUGGCGUCGUUGAAAAUGAGGUUAACUUUCCUCUCCACACUGGAGGACAGGCUGGACAUGAGAGGUGUUUUCAUGAUUUUGAGAAAGACUGGGAGUUGUAUAAAUAUUUAACCAGUGUGUUCAAAUGACUGAGUUCCAAUGAAGAACUAGACAUGCAAUGACUGUCCUCAAUGUGUGCACUAUUGUAAGGCAUGGAGUUAUCCAGGGAAAUGUGUUAAAGUCAAUACACAUGUGGAUUAGGAUGAAUAACCUGCACUGCACUUAAACAGAGUCUACACGUAUCUAAUGUGCACUUACCAGGGGUUGACUGUAUUCAACUGACUCAUGUGCAAUUGUAAACUGUGUAACUGUGAAGCUAUCUGUGUAUUAACCACAGUUUACGCAGUACAGGCAUGGUCUCGACUUGGGGCUUGGUUCCUCUCAAGGUUUUUCCUAGGUUCCUGCCUUCUGGGGAGUUUUUCAUUGUCUGCCUCUCUAUUCCAGUUUCUAUACCUGCAUCUACCAGUAAGACUGCGCCAACCCCACAUGUUACUGCUGUAUGAACUGGUUUUAAGGAACUACAUAACAUGUGCUGGUUGUUCAGUGAGACAGCAAAAGGUGGAUGAUGAAUAAAAAAAUGUUUACUGAUUAUUUCAGGAUUUAAAAAAAAGGUGAAUCUUUGUAUGCUACAUAUUUAUGACAUGUUAAGUUGUUCUCAUGUCUCAUGUAAAAUACUUUUGAAGUUAUGAAUAAGUUAUUUGUGUUAAAUUAUGUUAAAUUAUGUCUUUCGACUUCAUACUAGUGCAUAUUCUAUUUUCUCUGCUUCGAUAUAAUUAAAGUGACAACGCUGUUGACAAAA